GGAAAACCAAGAUGGCGGCCAUCAGCUCUUUGAAUGACGAUAAAUGGUAUUUUACCAAAGAACAGCUCCAAAAUACACCGUCUAGACGAGCUGGAUUAGCAGCAGAUAAAGAACUCAGCUACAGGCAACAGGCUGCUACUUUAAUUCAAGACAUGGGGCAAAGACUUUCUGUCUCACAGCUGACUAUCAACACUUCUAUUGUCUACAUGCAUCGUUUUUACAUGUUCUUCCCUUUCGCCAGAUUCCAUCGACAUGCAAUGGCUGCUUGUUGUCUAUUCCUAGCGGCUAAAGUGGAAGAACAGCCUCGUAAACUGAAACAUGUUAUCACUGUUGCUCAUGCAUGUUUACACAGGGGAGCCCCUCCACUGGACACCAACAGUGAGGAAUACUUGCAGCAAGCUCAAGACCUUAUUGAACAUGAAAGCAUUCUCUUACAGACUCUAGGUUUUGAAGUGAGUGUCCAUCAUCCACACACCUAUGUUGUCAAAGGUAUCCAACUAGUAAGAGCAAGUAAAGAUCUUGGGCAAGCUUCAUAUUUUAUGGCAACAAACAGCUUGCAUCUGACCACAUUAUGUUUGCAAUACAAGCCUACCGUGAUUGCUUGUGCUUGUAUACACCUCGCUUGUAAAUGGUGCAACUAUGAGAUUCCACCAUCUAGUGAUAACAAGCAAUGGUGGCAAUACCUGAAUGCUGCUGUAACCAAGGAAGUGUUGGAUGAAAUAGCCCACGAGUUUAUUACCAUCAUAGAAAAAUGCCCUAGUAAGCUGAAGAAGAAAAUCAAUUCUAUUACCAUGUUAAAGGGUUCUAAUAUACCUCGACCGUUACGACCCAAUGAUCAACCAACAAGUAGCACGGCUCUGGCUUCCAAUGGACAGGACGGCGAGAGUAGCUCUUCGUCUCUUGUCAACGAUAUUGCACGAAAAUACAAAGAACACGACGACCACAAUGAAAUCCCAAAAGGAUCCGAAAAGAAAAACAAAGCAAAAGCAGAAAAUGCCAAUCACAGUGAAAGAAAUCUCUUGAAAACGAGUAGCACUGUCACGUCUGAAGGAGCAAGUGUUGCUACUUCGACGACUGUCGUGACAUUGCCCGUUCUUCCUCCGUUGACUACCAAGUACGCAGCACCUACGACAUCUUCUGCAAGUCAGCCUGCGUCUGUUAAUGACCCUAAAGUAUCGACCACAAGCGCGCUGCCUAGUUCUUCAAGUGGUGUACCUAAACAAAAGCAUCGCUCUUCUUCGCAUGAGGAUGGGACCCCAUCAAAGAAGCACAAAUCGCAUCAUUCUUCAAGUCGUUCCCACGCCUCGCAUUCAAGUCACAAGGGGAAAACUUCUUCUCAUUCUUCAGAUUCCUCAUCGCCGGGGAAAAGACCUCAUGGCAAGCCAGGUCAUCCUUCAGCCUCUUCUUCCCACAAAAGCUCCAGCCUUUCAUCAAGGCAUCUUCAUCAUCAUCACGCCCAACAACCCGUCCACUCAAGUCACAAAGGGCAUUCAACACACCGACCAAACCCUCACCACUUACAGUCUCACUCGUCAAGCCUCAAACUUAUUCCACCAUCGCCAACGUUAGGAUUAUUGGACAAAAAAAGACUUUCAGGUUCUAAUAAACCCUCACCACCGAUCCCUAGGGAUCACGAUACACUCCCCCCUCCUCCCCCACCCCCACUCCCUCCAUCUGAUAAUCAUUCUAUGAGUUCCAGUAGUAAUGUAUAUGGAAGUCGUGAGCAACUUGCUCCCCCACCACCCCCUCCCCCAGAACCGGCGCCAAAGUCUCCACCACCGCCUCCCCCACCACCUUUUUGAUCUGUCGGAGUGCCCUUGGUUUCCGUUACAACACGGUUAGAUUUGCGUAUUUCGAAAGCCAAAUCUAUGCCCGUUGCCUUGUAUUGAAACUGAAUAUCUGCAUUAUGAUUUUUGGGAAUAACUGAAUUGUAUCCUUAAAUUAAAUUGCUUAAAUAUGCA